UUCUUCUCGGCUGAGCCUGAGGGGAGCUUCUCCGUCCUCCCGUCCGCCAUUUUGCCGAGGUGUGGCGGCGGAGAAAGAGUUUCUUGUGGAGCCACGCAGAGGGAGAGGCCGAGAGGAACAUAAGGAUUCCAUGGCAAUAUCUCUGGUGUGAUGACAAUCAAAGCAGCAUCUAGUACACAUUGCGGAAUCUGGAAACCAAAGAAGCUGUAAGGAAAAGGGUCCUGUAUGAAAAAGACAUCCUCUCCAGGUGCUGAUCUUGCUGAACUGACUUUGGGGAAAAAGAAAGGGAAUAAAAGAGAGAAGUGUCCAUAUUGCAGUCAAAAAUACAUACCACUGUCAACAUGCAGGAGAAAUUAUAUGAAUGCCUGGAAUGUGGAAAGAGCUUCAGUGAUAGUGGAACCCUACAUAAACACCAACGAACUCACACUGGGGAGAAACCCUAUAAAUGCCUGGAGUGUGGAAAGAGCUUCACUGAUAGUGGAAAUCUACAUAAACACCUACGAACUCACACUGGGGAGAAACCCUAUGAAUGCCUGUUGUGUGGAAGGAGUUUCACUUUGAGACAUAAUCUGCAGCGACAUGAAAAGAUUCACACUGGUGAGAAACCCUAUGAAUGCCUGGAGUGUGGACAGAGCUUCGCUCAGAAUUCACAUCUACAUACCCACAAACGAACUCACACCGGUGAGAAACCGUAUAAAUGCCUGGAGUGUGGAAAGAGCUUCACUGAUAGUGGAAGUCUACAUAAACACCAACGAACUCACACUGGGGAGAAACCUUAUGAAUGCCUGGAGUGUGGAAGGAGUUUCAGUUGGAGGCAUCAUCUGCAGAAACAUGGAAGGAUUCACACUGGUGAGAAGCCUUACAAAUGCCUGGAAUGUGGAAAGAGUUUCACUGAUAGUGGAAGUCUACAUAAACACCAACGAACUCACACAGGGGAGAAACCCUAUACAUGCCUGGAGUGUGGAAAGAGCUUCAACCAGAAUGAAAGUCUGCAGUCACAUCAAAGGACUCACACUGGGGAGAAACCCUAUACAUGCCUGGAAUGUGGCCAGAGCUUCACUCAGAGUUCAAACCUACAUACUCACAAACGAACUCACACCGGUGAGAAACCCUAUAAAUGCCUGGAGUGUGGAAAGAGCUUCACUCAGAGUGGAGCUCUACGUUCACAUCAACGAACUCACACUGGGGAGAAACCCUAUGAAUGCCUGGAGUGUGGAAAGAGUUUCACUUGGAGGCAUCAUCUGCAGCAACAUGGAAAGAUUCACUCUGGGGAGAAACCUUAUAAAUGCCUGGAAUGUGGAAAGAGCUUCGGUGAUAGUGGAAGUCUACAUAACCACCAACGAACUCACACUGGGGAGAAACCCUAUAAAUGCCCGGAGUGUGGAAAGAGCUUCGGUUGGCAUUGGAGUCUACAGUCUCACCACAGAACUCACACUGGGGAGAAACCCUAUCAAUGCCUGGAGUGUGGAAAGAACUUCACUGGCAGUGGUGACCUACGUAAACGCCAACAAACUCACACUGGGGAGAAACCCUAUAAAUGCCUGGAGUGUGGAAAGAGCUUCACUCAGCGUAUAUACCUACAUAACCACCAAGGAACUCACACUGGGGCGAAACCAUAUAAAUGCCUGGAGUGUGGAAAGAGUUUCAGUUGGGAGCAUUCUCUGCAGCAACAUGAAAGGCUGCACACUGGGGAGAAACCCUAUAAAUGCCUGGAGUGUGGAAAGAACUUCAAUGGCAGUGGAGACCUACGUAGACACCAACGAACUCAUACUGGGGAGAAACCCUAUCAAUGCCUGGAGUGUGGAAAGAGCUUCACUCGUAGUGGAGGUCUACGUAGACACCAACAAAUUCACACUGGGGAGAAACCCUAUCAACGCCUGGAGUGUGGAAACAACUUCACUGGCAGUGGCAACCUACAUAGACACCAACGAACUCAUACUGGGGAGAAACCCUAUCAUUCCCUCAUUCUCUCUGAAAAUCCUAUCCCAAUUAUAUCCUACCUUGUUCACAUCAGCACUAUUUUUUAAUUUUAAUCUAUCACGUUUGGUUUUAAAUGUUUAUAUGUUAUUGUUGAUUGCUUAUUGUCUAUUUUGUUUAUGUGAUUUAUGAUUAAUAUUGUAUUGAUUGUUUAUCGAUGUUUUAUUUUAUUGAUGUUUUGUUUAUUGAUGUAUUGCGGGCUUGGCCUCAUGUAAGCCGCACCGAGUCCCUUGGGGAGAUGUUAGCGGGGUACAAAUAAAGUGUUAUUAUUAUUAUUAA